AUGGCGCUCCUCAUCGCCGCGGCCUCGCUGCUGGCACUCGCGCACGCUUCGGGCCCGCAAGCUUCCUGCGCUGUGGGGCAGCAGUGCCCCGCGGGAGAGCAGGAUGACACAGGCAUGCUCCAGAAGAGCUCGCAGAUGAUGCAGGUGAAUCGGCAUGAGCAAAUGAGCGUGAGGACAACGCCCACGAACGACGCCGAGUGCAAGGCCGUGAAGGGCAUCAACACGGGCCUGCCCAUCGUCUACGACUCCAGCUGCCCCGGCCUGUGCUGCUUCGAGGACCAGCCGUGCAGGUACAACAACACGGGCUGCUACUCCGCAGCCUUGGCGCAGCAGAAGGUGAGGACGACGCCCACGAACGACGCCGAGUGCAAGGCCGUGAAGGGCAUCAACACGGGCCUGCCCAUCGUCUACGAUUCCAGCUGCCCCGGCCUGUGCUGCUUCGAGGACCAGCCGUGCAGGUACAACAACACGGGCUGCUACUCCGCAGCCUUGGGCAGCAGAAGGUGA